AUGUUAACUUCUCUAAUUGAGUUGGCUUUUCGUAUGAUGAUGAGGAAUCAUGGUGCCCAUCUCUGCUACUCACCUAUGAUCCACGCGCACUUAUAUGUAUGCGAUACUACUUACCGAAAGGCUGCACUGUUAACGUGUCAGAAUGAUAGGCCCUUGGUAAUCCAGUUUUGUGCAAAUGAUCCCGAUAUUUUACUGAAAGCCUGUUGUCUCGUGGAAGACUUAUGUGAUGGAGUUGACUUAAAUCUUGGUUGUCCCCAACUAAUUGCUAAACGUGGCCAUUAUGGCUCUUAUUUGCAGGAAGACCAGGAUCUUAUUUGUCGUAUGAUCACAACGGUCCAUGAACGAUGUCGUCUGCCAAUUUCAUGUAAAAUCAGAGUUCUAGACGACAUCGGCAAAACAGUCGCAUAUGCCAGGUAA